UUGAAUCUGAAGGAGGAGGGGUGGAGAAAGCGUCUCAGAAGGGACCCUCCCUAGCAUUCAGGAGAGUAAACGUAAGGGACGGGAAGAGCACUUUCAGACUUGCAAGAUUCUGUAACAAUAACCUUGUCAUAAAAGUAGUAGCAGUCUGCAGGACUUUGGUUUCAUUGUCAGGUCUACCUUGAAGGGCUGACGGAAGCUGGCUAGAGAAGGCCUCCUUUAGUGCCAGUUAUGGGCAGCAGAAAACCCACAGGAAGCCCCUCCCCCUUUCGAAAGGGAGAGUAAGAGAAAUUUCUCUCACAAAUUGCCCCAGGAAUUCAAUGAAACCGGAGACCAACAAACCGUUUCACUGAAGCACCAGUGUUAUAUUGCAGUAUCGGAGGCAGCCGAAGCAAAUCUUGAAAGGGUGAGGAUAGAACCUCUCUCUAUGGAAUUAGGCAAAUUACAAUCAUAUCAAUCAAGUAAUGGAUCGGAUAAGAUUGGGCUGGGAUUGGAUAUAGCAGCAUCUCGUGUGGCAGUGAGGUUAGAUAUGGGGAGGGUUCGAUGAGGCGAAGGGGUGGAACUACAAAAACAAUGGUGCAAGAGAACAAAGAGGCCAUUCCAUGAACAUAGUUGCUUUCUAGAGAUUUGCAGUUAUGGGGUGUAUCUUAAAUUGUCCUCGAUUCCCAGAGCUUUGCUUGUACCCUAAUAUCUUCUCCCAGCUUUAUCGACAUUCCUUGGCCUUCUAAAAGUUUUUUCGGUUGACCAGACAGGGUUUAUGGUUUCUCAAGUCCCUGUAAUGAGAGAAAGGAAUGUUUUUGCUUCAUUUCACUUGGCCUAACCAGCGCCAUAUUGCUUCUGCGGCUGCUGAUUCUGAAAACCAGCGUCCAGGGAUGAGGGGAUGGUCCGGCCCUCUUCUUACUCCAGAACGAUUCGCAGAAGGCUGACCGCUUUAGCAUGGCUUGUGGUGACCAAAGUGGAGCCAACCCCACAUCUGAAGUGGAGCGAGGAAAGGGUGCCACCCAGUGGCUGACAGUGGAAUUUCCUCAGACGGUCCAGGCUUCUCAAAUUCAGAUUCAGUUCCAGGGGGGGUUUGCGAGCCGGAAAUGCAUUCUGCAAGGUGGCCAGAAAGGAGGUGAUCUUUCCACUGUUGCUGAAUUCUACCCUGAAGAUAACAACUCUCUCCAGAGCUUUCCGUUCAAAGCAGAACCACUGGAUAAACUGAAAAUUACGUUUCAAAACAGCUCGGAUUUCUUUGGGCGAAUUAUCGUCUACCAUCUCAACAUCCUUGGGCAGAAGCUUUGAUCGAGGAGGAAGCAAGAGCUGAAGGAUUUGUCAAGUAUGUGGAUGGCAAACUAAAGACCAUCCUGGGGCCUCUAAGAUGGUGUGAAUUGGAAUUGACUGGUUUUGAAAGCCGAGCUGCUUGGUUUGAUAGCAAAUGGACUUCCUUUCCCAUCGUCCCCCUAUGUCAUCAGCACCUUGAAGAGCUGGAAAGAAAACAGUUUGUCUCUUUGAUGUGCAGACAACCGGCUUCCUUAAAGAAAAACUUUACAUUUUCCUUGCUGCAAGGAAAGGAUCUCUGGUUCUAAUUUGAACGUAGGGGCAAGUGCUGCUUAUAGUUCUAUGAAGAAGAGCCUUAAAUACUGCGCAACUUGUUAUUACUUAACCUCUUGGGGAUCACAGUCUGUUUCAUCAAAUUCCAUUUAUCGUAUUUCAGUUUCUAAGCCUGCCCCAGGCGAAAGCCAACCCUGGGUGGAGUACAGUUUAAAACAGUACAAUACUGAAAAGCAACCCCAAAAGUAGAACAAAUAUUACAGAAUGGGGAUGAACAUAGCACAACCAGAGCCAGCAAUAUGUAUCAAAAAGGAACCCCCCAACCUAUCACAGAGCCUGGGGGGAAAUCCAAGGUUUUUUUUAAAAAAAACUUAAUAUUUGCAGGGCUGGGGCAACCCAAACAUCUAAAACAGU